AUGAAGGCGAGCUGGGUCCUAGCUAAAGCGGUGGCGCGGUCUGUGACGCCAUUGAGCGGCGCACACGCAGGGCUCUCGGGGCCGCACGGAGGCGUGGGCACGAUGAUGCCCGGAGAGACGCCGUCGCCGCCGGCCGAAACUGCGGCCGCCGGCAGGACCUGCGCCAACUGCGGUGUUCUCCAGCAGAAUAUGAAUGAAUAUGUAGCUGCAUUAAUUGCAUUGAAGCAAAAAAUAAUUGAUGGAGAUCGUUUGCUGACAGAGUAUCAACAGAAAUGCACUGAGCUUCAAUUUGCUGAACGAGAAAUCUCUGCUCUUCGUUGCCAAGUGGAGAAGAUGUUACAGAAAAUUCUGCCUCUGGAAAAAUGUCAGGAAGAGUUGGGUUCCGUGAAGGCAGAGUUGGAAGAAAAAAAGAAUUCUCUCAAGAUUUAUCAGGAGAGCCAACUGGAAUAUGUUAAAAUUAAAGAAGAAAUAAUAAACAGUGAUGCUAUGAGAAAGAAACUGGAAACUAAAGUGAAAAAACUUGAAGAGGCUGCAACAAAGCAUACGCAGGACUUCAGACAACUAAAAACUGAAAAGAAAAGGCUUGAAAAGGAGCUGAAAAAAGCACAAGGAAAGCUUGGUGGUGUAAUUAAAGAGAAGUGCAGAAAACUUAAACAUGCAGAAACUCAGAGUUCAAGUGAAGAUCUUGCAACGUAUAUAGACAAAGGAAGAGCGAUGUUCUUAUUAGAACAACUCCGGAUGUGCAUUGGCAGUGCAAAAGGAGAAAGAGAGAAUAAGAAAAAUGAUCCUGUCUUAGACACCAUACAAAUCCACCAAAAGAUCAGGAAGAGUGAUGGCAAAACACUACCUUGGUGUUCUUCAGGGGAAAGUGCUGUAAAGCAAAAUUCUGGAACAGCGAUGGUAAUUCAAACAAGUACUGAGCCUUUUGGAGAUGAUUGUGCUGUGAACAGGACUACUGAAGAACAACUUCACAGUAGUAAGGAUAAAAAUGUAGAUGUGAUAAUACAGACAGGCAGGGAGCACAGCGCUUCAGGCUUCUCCAGUCAGGAGUGGAGAGACCCAGGUGGAAAUGUGAUGGAUAUAUUGAAUUGGGCCAGACCUCUUCCUGCUCUACUUUCUCCGAUACAGCUUUCACCACUGACUACCCAGGAUAUGUUCUUGGGAGAAGACACAGGUUCCAGUGAUGAAGAAGAUGAUUGCAGUACUUUUGCACUGGAGGAUAUUUUACAAGAAGACCAAGUUCAGCCUCUGAGUUGUAAUGUAAUCAGCCCUGGUGAUGAGUUUAACAGACAGUGCAAAUCAUGUGAGCAUGGUUUUGAUGCAGAAAUCUCACUUAAUCUGAGUUGGAAUGAAAAGAAUAUUCAUAUGAGUCCUAAGACGUCAAGGAAGGAAAGAGAUGCUGAAAGAGAGCAAGUUGAAGGUGCUACUCUAACGACAAGCAUGAUAACUAACAAAAAUUGUUUGGAGGAGAAUUCUGGGGAUGUGGAAACUGAGAACAGAAAACUAACUGGAGCAACAGCACACAAAUCGGAAGACAUGGAAGAACGGAAAGGAGAUGGUGAGGACAUGAACAGUGAAGAGGGAGAUUCUUCAGCAGAUUUUAUGUUUCAAAGUUUCAAGUCUCAGAAACAGGUAGAAAAAUGUAGUGUGGUAGAGCAAACAGAGGAGAAUGUAACCUUAAUUAGAGCUGUUGAUAAUGAGGGUACACAUGAAAAAUGUGAUGAAUUAGUGAAUGUAGAGAGAAAUAAAUUAGUAGCACAGAGAGAAGCUUCCAGGGAAGCAUCUGUUCUGCAGAGUGUUUCUCAUUUCCUAUCUAAGCAAUGCAUUGUGCUUCAAAGAGAAGAUGCUGAGGAAAAAUCUGAUGAGUUGAUAGAAAAUAAAUCAAAAAAUGUAGUCAAAUUAACUAAUAGAACUGGAGCUGUUGAGAUCUCUGCACACUCUCAGUGCUCUGAAAUAAAAUAUGACAGUGAAGAGAUUCUGGAGAAACAACAUAUGCACACAAAAGACAAAGUGAACAGAGAAUGUGAACCAGAGACUGUUAAAGUCUCUAGGCAUUAUUUACCUGUAUCUGCUACUGAAGGAAUCAGAAUUUUGUCAGUCUUUCCAAAUGAUGAACUCCUCAAAACCGAAGACAUAAAUAUAACCAGAGCUCCAGCUCCUGAACUACCUAUGAAAUUUCACAGAGGAAGUGUUCUAGAAAUAGCUGAAUUGUCAGAGCUACUCCAUAGUGCAGAAAAUGUAAAACUAGUAGAUAUAAAGGAGGUGGUAGGUUUACAAAGCAAACCACAUCACGAGGAAGAUGGUGGUAAUUUAUCUCAAAGGAAGUCAAACUUAGAAAAUGUACUUUCACUAUCAAAGACAGCAUGCAUUAUUGGUGCAGAAAGCAGUGUAGCUAAGUGUGAAUCUUCUGCGUUCGAUUUUACAGAAGUGAAAGGUGAAAUAAAACAAUCUGAAAACUUAUGUAAGACAUUAGAAUGUGGGCAGUCCAAAUCUCAAAACUUUAGACUGUUUGAAUCUCUAGAGACUGAAGUCAGAGUUAAUCCAGAAGAUUGUGGAGGGGAAAUCAGUGAGUUGUUAGCAAGAGGGGAUACAAUUGAAUCUGUCUUAAUAGAAAGUAAUCCUAUUUCUGAGGAACAGUGUGCAAAACCUCUGACUCAGCUCUUGAUAACUGAAAAUUUUAAAUGUGAUGAAAUAGAAGGGAAAUUAAAUAAACAAAGCAAGGAAUUGGUGACUGAGACUUGCUUCAGUUCACUGAAGCAGGAAAAGAAUGUUGUGAAGAAAAAUGAUAUUUCAGAGAUCAUUUGCCAUCCUACUUCAGAAAUGGAAUAUAGAAGUGGCUUGGCUUUUUCUACUCAAAAGGACUUGGAGAAAUGCUGUAUAAAUAAUGAAGAAACCAAUUCUCCUAUGCAAGUGGGAAUUGGCUUGGAAUCCACAAGAUCUCCUGAUCUAAAUUUCAGUCUUCAGAAAGUUGUUGGUUUCCUUGAAACUAACGUAGCAGGAAAGGCUGCUUUUUCCUGUACUUGGGAAAACAAGGGACAUACAAAUUCCAUUAUGAGUAGUACAUUUAACUGUUCUUCAGAUAAUUUAGAAGAGGAUGCUGAGAUUCUGUCUACUGAACAAGUCAACAUGGGCAAAGAACCAGGUUGCCCUGAGAGAGAAUAUGUACACAAAAAUGAAGAGAAAACUUCAGAUAAGGAGCAGCCAGUAGAUAAAGAAUCUCAAGCAUCUGUUAAAUCACAGAUCAUAUAUGCAAACCCUUAUAAGAAUGCUUUUCUCGGAAAGUUUGAUUGUCAAGAAUCAGGAUGCAGGACUUCUACAUGGAAGGUUAGAACAGGUCCUUCUAGAACUUACUCACUAACAGGUGGGAGAGAAAGUAAAGAACUGAACAGUUUUGUGGGUUCUGGGAAAAAUGCCAUAGUAAAUUGUAAAAGUGAUUUUGAUAUGCCAGAGCAGAGCAAUGACUCUGAAGAAAAGGACUGUUCUAUACAAAAAGUGAAAUAUGUGAAGUGUUCUGAAUGCGUUCCAAUGUUUAGAAACAAACUGAGAGCUUCCAGCAGAAUUGCAUUGGGUGCUCUGGAAACUGGUGCAAUUGUUGAUGCUGAUUACCAAGUGUGUGAGCUUCAUUCAAUGAUGCACCCAGGAAGUACUUUCCCAGUUAGUCACCUAAAAGCAGACACUGUCGUGGGUAUGAAUACACACUGUGAACCAAACAACUCUGGAGAUACUGCAAAUGAGUGGUCAAGUGUGACUGGGGAGAGUUAUCCUGAAGACUCAGCCUCUUGGAAAACAGAAUGUAUAUUACUAACCUCUGAAAAUACUGAGAGUGCUAAUGAACUCAUGGAGUCUAACAUAGCUGGAUGCAUCAGUCACAAUGAGGAAAGUCUAUUAAAAUCUGGAACAUCAGAAGAAAGCCCCGUGACGCCAAAUGCUUCAAAAAAUAGGUUACCACUAUGCAAGAUGUUAAGCAGAUUCUCAGAAAAUUGCAGGCUGACUGUAAAAACCAGUAAAUUAAAUGCAAGAAUGUUAGCACUUGGCAAUUUCUUAGAAGAAAAUGAUUUUGCUAAACUUCAGUCAAAUGGGAAACAAGGUUUAUCACACAGUGUUGAUAUGGGGGUCUCAGUGUUUGAAGAAUAUAAUUAUAAUAAUCAAACUGCUUGCAAUACAGGAGAAAGCAGCACUGAUGUUACCAUAGAUAGUGGUACAAAAAAAAUUUUACUCAAUUAUCUUCCAAAUCCAACCCUCUCUGAUGUAAGGUGCAGUUGUCAAACAGUUGGUCAGCUUUCUGAACCACAAAAGACAGUAUUUGAGAAGUUACAUAUGGUGGAAUCAGAGUCUUGUGCUCUCAAGAAGAGCAAUAAGUGGAAGUGUAAAGAGCAAGAACUAUCUGAAAUCUUGACUGUUUCUACCAAAACAACUGCCCAAGUAAUGCAUACCAAGCUAUCAAAGAAAUUGGUUCAAGGUAAAAGAAAAACAAAGACUCUUAAAGUUACUCAGCCAGUUCUUGGAAAUGCUAAUACUUCUGUGGCAAAAAAAUUCUCAUCUGAGAUGAUAAAUAAAAUCAGGGAAGAGAUAGGUCCUCCUCUCCCACCCUUGCUACUGCCUCUGAUCGCUACUCCUCCAAAAAUUGCCUGUACUGUGUCCCCGGUAAUGUCUUCUACAGGUCAAUUCUCUCUGCUUUCCCCUCUUGAUGACCUGAUGUCCCCACUAUGCAGAACUCCUGUUCUUCCUCUCAUGUCCCCAUUAACAGAUACUCCAGCAGUAAAAUCUGCUAUUUUAUUUUCUCCUCCCUCGCCCUCAGAAAUGGCAGUAGGUAGAAGGAUUCGCUCCUCACCUUUGAAAUUUUGUACUUCCAUUCCAAAGCAUGCACUUCUUGUUCCAGGAAGAUUUCCUCUCUUUGCAGCAGUUAGUGCUGGUCCAGGUGCCCCUCAGGAGAACUCUGUGAAAAUAUUGGACACUAUGUAUCCAGAGCUUUCUGCAAGGGCAAGGACACUAAACAUUCUGAAAGGCAAUAUUCAGCUUAACCGAUGUACUUUUUCAGACAGCCAAAGUUUGCCAGGACCUGCGUCUCAAGUAGGUGGAUUCAAAGCAUUUGCAUCUACAUCAACUGCUUUUGUUAAAGCUGGGAGCAAUUUGAAAUCUGAUAGUGGCAAAGACGAAGACAAAGAUGUGCAAAAUCAGCAAUUCUUUUCAAAUAAUCUUGGAAAAAGGACACUACUGCAGGUAUCUAUGCCAAGAAGUGCCAAAAGACUGAGACUGGAGAGUGAACCGCCAAGGAUGGAGCCCAGUGAUGUUAUUGCUGUCAGAAAUACUAAAAAAACCAUCUCUGAAAUGCAGGAGGCUUUCCAUGGUAUAACCUAUGAAAUCAGUGAUUCAUCACAGUGUUCCAAUUUAGAAGAAUCACUACCAGUAAAGAAGGAUUCUGACUGCCAGAAAGUUUCUUUGGCAUUAAAGAAAGUUGCUGAAUCCUGUUUUGACUUGUUACCAGUUAUCAAAGGUCAUGUGUAUGUUGGUAAUAUCUCAAAGAUUCCAGUAAUGAGAGAUGAAGAGAGAGAAGUUGUCUAUGAAUUUGGUAUAAAAAACAAGCAUUUAGCAGAGUCCUUGCUGCGUGUUAUUCUCAAUAAGCUGAAGGCUCAGAAGAAUGCCCCAAAUUAUAAUUUCAGUCAGGCUUUGUGUCGACUCUAUGCAGGAAUUUGUCGACAGUUGGGAGAUUUGGAAAGAGCCCGCCUUUUCUGCUAUAGUCUACUUAAAGAAGACUAUCCAGACUCAGAAAAAUUGAUUUUAUUUAUCACAAAUGUAUGGUCUGACAUAUUUGUCUUCCAAGGUGCAAUUAACAAAGCUAUGCAAUUAGUUGUAAGGAAGAGUGCAAGCAAUGAGAUGCUGGCCUGUUUAAGUGCUUAUCUCAAAUGGGAACAGAGUUCAUCUUUAGACGCUGGUAUUAUGGUCUCAAACCUGCUUUUAGAAAUGCAGUCAUGUACAAAAGUAGAAUUUCACCUGCAUGAGCAGUAUGGAGAAGAUCUCAGUGAAGAUGCUUGGCAGUAUAUAUUUGCUGUUGAUUUACUCUGCUCUCAUAUGAAGUGGGAUUGGACACAUGAUAAUGUUAUAAGCAAAGUGCUUUGGCCUUCUAUGGAUAACUGGAUAAAGAAGAGAAAGGGGCAUGAAACUGCUCAAUCAAUUCGUGAUAGUGUUAUAGCAUUGACACUCAGGCUAAUUGGUCGAUUAGGACAAAUAGGUUUGAAGGAAGGCUGUCUUGCUGCAGUGAAGAAUAUUAGUUCAGUAAUUGGACUGUUUGUACAGCAUGCAAAAGAGGAAGCUAUUCCUUGGGGUGUGCAGCUGGCAGCCGUAUAUUCACUAUGUGACUUGGGUUCAAGCAAUCCAGAAGGUAUUGUUGAGGCCAUCCAUACCUGGAGAGCAAAAGUUCAUGACAACAUCCCUUCUGCUAUCACAGAUGGCAUAGCUGAAAUCACCGCUCUGUGUGAAAUGGAGCUAUACUAAAAUGUAGGGAAGUGGACUGAUCUAAAGGAAAAAGUGCCUUACCAAUUAAGCAGUAGUUGGUUCCAGUUAAAAACCAUACCAAGUGGUGUGUCUUCUUGUAUUUCAUGCUUUUAAUAAGAAUGUCUGAUCAUACAAAGCAAGGUCAAGUAUUUUAUUUGGCUUUUCUGUUUGAAGGAAGAGUUUUUAUAAAAUAAACAAAAAUACUUGCUUUUCCUAGUAGCUGAUUAGUGAUCUGAAAAUGAGUGCAUCUUGAACUCCUGAUAUAUUUCUGUUUUGAUGACAAUAAAAAUCAGUAACAGGUUUCAUUUUUCUACCUACAUCAGUUUGGAGUAUGGACUAUUUGACAGAAUAUUCAGCGUGACUUGAAAACUUGGCUCUAUUAUUUUUUACCAUUUUUAUAAAGUAACCAUUCAGAUAGCAGAGCAUUCCCCAGAUUCUGCUUCAUUUUGCUUGGGUUAUCUUAUAAACUUAAUUUAAAAUACUUGUGGAAAACAGGUAGGAAUUGACUUUUUUUGUAGCUAUCAUGUAUGGAGUAACAUACUAAAUAUCUAAACUUGUAUAUAUGGUGUAUUCUGAUGUGUCUCACAUUUGAUAUUUUUUCCACUUGGAGAAUUUUGUGUAUGUAAAUAGAGAGUUGGUUAAAAAAAAGUUCAUGUUCUUAAUGAUAGCUUCACUACACUCCGUUUUUGUAUCUUUCAUAAUAAAAGAGAUGAAUACUAUUGUGUUCUUGUUGACCUUUUAAAUAACCCAGAGUUAACUGUGUUUCUAGCUUAUAUAAAUACUGUUUUGGGGGGCAGCAGGAAAUUGCCUGUUGAGGUAAUUUCACUGAAUGAAUUGUCCAUAACAUUGCAGUUCUGGACAUCCCUCCAAAAGUUUCUGGUAUGCUUUAGAGGCUUGGGAAGUAGAUUCAAAAAACUAUUGAAAAUUUGUAUUUUCACUCUGUGGUUGUGCCCAUGUGAAGGGGGUGAGCUUUGCUAAUGCAGAUUCUUAUUGUAAUGGGACCUAGCUUCUGACAGAGUUUUGUGGUGCUGAUAUGCAUUGUGAUUUUUGUGCCUCUUCUAAGUAUGACUACCAGUGGAGUCUCCUAGCCCUCUGUGAGUUUCUCUCCUCUGAGGUGAAACUGUGUAGAGCAAAUUGGCCAUUGAUUUCAGUUGCAGCUAUAGCUGCUUGCACUCUGGAUCUCAGUGAGCUUACCACAGACAAUUCAGUCAAUGAAAAAUAAUCUAAUAGAAUUGGUGAUAUCUGUGCACAAUAGGCAUUGCUACAGAUGUCUGUCAUGAAGGCUUCCAAUUUGCCUCAGGUUGAAACUGUAUGAUGUCUGGGACUCUGCACAUUUUGGUGAUUGUGAAGCCUUUGAAGAUUUUAUGUGUAGCCUUCAUUUACCCUUCUUGCACUAAAAUGAGUACAAAAUAUCUCAAGUGGAAGAAGUCAAAAGAAAACACAGGUUGACAAUAAAAGAAAGUAUGGAUCAUAAAUCUGAAAACUAAAGGAAAUGGGAAACAGAACGAAUAAAAAAACAAAGUAGGAAACAAAGUGAGUAGAGAAUCACAGAUGCUUCAGUGCAAAAAUAUUGCAACCCAAAAAUCUUCACAGCAAAUAGAAACACCCAUUUCCUUUAGAAUUUGUAUAAAACGCUGGCAUUUGAAGUAUGUGAGAUUCACAGGAGAAAUAUCAGAAUUUUCCAAGCAAAAAAAUAUAAAACUAUACUAAUUUAAAACCAAAUGAAAAAAAAAAUUCAACCUACCCUCAAACCAUUUUCAUGAGAAAUAUUCUGCUUAUGUAAGAAAAAUUUUUGUGUGUACUGGAAACAUAUAACUGAUUUUAAUUCUCUGUCCCUCUCUACUGCCUGCCUAAUCAAACUGCAUUGGAAUAAGUAAAAUUUUGUAAUUGAUACUCUGAAGGUGUUUGCUUCUGUUAAGUACUAAUCACUCAUCAUUCAUCAAAAAAUACUUGUAACUCCCACACACAGUGUCAAAUUUACCAUAUUUAAAAAGCUAUAAAAUGUUGAUAUCCAUAAAGGAUAGUGAUUUUCAGUAUAUGGAAUGCUUUAUCCAUCUCAAUAUUUGUUCAAAAUACUAAAGUCCCAUUUUGUUCAAAAUAGCCAUUAAAACAGGGAUUUACAGGUUUCUAUCAUCAUUUGCAGAUUUUUGCUUUUUUUUUGUUCUCACACAAAUAUUGAGUGUGUGGCUUGUCCAAAACUAUCUGUAUCAGGAAAUGUUCAAGGUUUCACUUCCUCCAUGCCUUCUCAUAUUCCUAAACUAAAACAUGAAAAACUGUCUUAACUGCUAAGACAUUACUGUCAACAAUACAAGGCUAGACAAAAUGCUAACAGUCAAAAUUCAUGUUAGAUUAAAAUACUCAGCUCUAGCAGUGCUCCUGACUCAAAUACAGAAGACAGUAAAAAUCUAUAAUAGUUUAUUUAUAAGGGUAAUUCUGACUAUAGGCUUCUGAGUUCAUAACAGUAUCAUUUGAUACUUGAAAAAUCCCUGAUAUGUAUUGACUCCAAGAAAAGAAACUUGUCAUAAAUAUUGGAGAGCAGUGUAACUUUGUCUAUGUGUAGAUGAACAGGAUACUGGAAUAAGUUGUUAAAGAAAAAAAUAUAUUUAUCUAUUUUUCUUGUUUAGUUGCUUUCAUACUAGAAGUUAUUUUUAGAGUGUCUGAAUCCUAACUUGUUCUACUGGCAGAAUUAUUUGAUUGUUUACUCAGUCCCUUGCUGGAAUACAAAUUUUGGACAUACAUGCCUUUUAUUUAACUUUGUUUCUACAAAAAGUAGCAUCUUUGGGCUAGGCUAUGUGGUACGCCACUAGGGUAUUUUCCAGGAUGAUUUUGCCUCUCGACAUAUAGUAGGAAAUAUUUUUCAGUGUGAAUUAUUUCUUCAUAAAAUAAAAAAAUGUUGGACUCUAGACUGCUUAAAGUUAAUCUCUAGUCAUUUUAUCAAACCCUCUGAUACUGAUGUAUGGUCUGUCCUAGCUUCUGCUUUCACCUGCCUGUUUUGAACAAAAAGGAUUUCUUAUCUGGACACUAGAAUAAGACCAAAGCAGUUGUGAGUUUUCCAGUUUGAAAUGACUAAUGAAAUUACAU